UCAGGCAUCUAGAGGGCAACUUCCCAUAGACUUUGGAAUGGGGGAUGAUGCAGAGACUAAAGUCUUGGGGUAUGAAAACCAGAGACUAGUAAUAAGUGAAACUAACGGAGAGAUCUCGACACCAGGGUGGGAGAAGCAGGACCAGAUAGGAGUUGAGAAUAGACCCAAAAUUCAGGACCUAGGGAAGAGAAAUCCAAGGGAAGCUGGAGGUAAGAAUCCUCCUGAAACCCAGGCACAUAUCAGAGAGAACCAAGAAUAUUUAAGAUGUAAAAUUGAUGCAGAGACCCAAACACCAGAGUGGGGGAACCAGGAUAAGAAUGGAGGUGAGGAUUCUUUAGAGAGUAAGAAUAAGAAAGAGGUCAGAGGGGAGGGUGAGGGAGAGAUCCAUGCCCAAGGAUUGGGGAAGCAGGACCAGACCAGAGGUAAGAAUGGUGAGGAGACCCAGAUGCCAGAGUGGGGGAAGCAAGACCAAACUGGAGGUGAUACUGGUGCAGGAAUUCAAAUAGAAGAGGGAAGAAACAAGGACCAGGUUGGAGAUGAGGAUUCUGUGCAAAUCCCAUUGUUUGGUAAAGAUAAUCUGGGAGAAGUAAAAAAGGAUGUUAGGGAGACCCAGACCCUGGAGUGGGGGAAACAGGAAUACAUUGGAAAUGAAAAGGUUACAGAGAUCCAGACACCAGGGUGGGAGAAGCAGGAUCAGGAUGGAAGUAAGGAAACUGGGAAGACCCAAGCAUCUAGGGGAGAGAACCAGAAAUUAUUAAAACAUGAAAUCCAAUUGGAGUGGGAAAACCAAGGUCUAGGAAGAGAUAAGAAUGUUGAGGAAACCCAGAUUUUGAUGAGGAAGAAGCUAAGGGAGAUAAGAGAGGAGGAUUGGGUGGUGAUCCAGGCACCAUGGUGGGGAAACCAGACACUAAUGGCAAGUGCAAUUGAUGGAGAAUUUGAGAUACCAUGUUGGGGGGAUCAGAACCAGAUUGGAGAAAAGCAUAGAGCAGAAAUUCAGGCACUAGAUCAGAGAAAGGAUGGAGAUGAGGAUGGUACAAAUACUUUGCCACACGAGGCCAAGAACCAGGAACAAUUAAGAAAAUCUGAUAUGGAGACCCAUCCAGCAGGGAUGAAGAACAAGGAGCAGUUUGGAGAUGAGAGUGGUACAGAUAUUCAGGCACUAGGGCAGAGACACCUGAGAGGAGUUAAAGGUGAUGAUGCUAAAGAGACCCAGGAACUUGGGGAAGAAAAUCAGGGUGAGUUAGGAAAUGAAAUUAAUGGAAAUAUUCAUGCACCAAAGUGGAAGAAUCAAGAACAUAUUAAAGGCAAGGAUGGUGAAAAUACCCAGGCAUCUGAGGCAGAGAACUGGGAUGAAUUAACAAGUAAAACUGAUGGAGAAACCCAUUCAGCAGGGUGGAAGAAAGAGGAGCAGAUUGGAGGUGAGAAUGGUGCAGAAAUUCAAAUACAAGGGAAGAGAAACUUGAGUGAAGAUGGAGGUAAGGAUGGUACAGAGGUCUGGGCACCUGGGAAAGAAAACCAGUUGCAUUUUAGAAAUGACAUUGGUAGAAAGAUCCUUUUAUCAGAGUGGAAGAACCAGGAACAGAUGGUAAGUGAGAAUGGAACAGAAACUCAGGCACCAGAGAAGAGAAACCAGAGAGAACCUGGAGUUGAGGAUGCUGUAAAGACUCAGAGCCCCAAGAGAGAGAACCAGGGACAGUUAGAUAGUGAAACUGGAGGGAGCUUCUCACUAGGGAUGAGGAACUGGGAGGAGAUGGAAAAGAAGAACAUUGCAGAAGAUCAGGCAUCUGAGAAAAGAAACCAGAGAGAGUUUGGAAAUGAGGAUGGCAGAAAGAUCCAGAGACUUUGUGAAAAGAAUCAGAGACUGUUAAAAAGAUAUGGGGAGCCAGAGAAAAUGCAGAGCUGA